GUUCGGCGAUGUCGACGCCCAUCCCAUCCGAGUCCAUCCCGGUGAAAUCGAUUCGUAGCUCUGUACCCUUCGCUUAAGGAUCAUUUCUCUCGAGAGGGGAAGCGAAGAUCGUCUCCAUUUUCUCUCCAAUUUCUCGUUCCGAUUCCGUUGUUUUAUCGUUUCACCGCCGAACCCUAAAACCCACCAAUUGCCUUUCCGCGUGUCAAGUUUCGCUGCUUCGAGAUUUCUAGGGUUUCGUAUCUGAAUCUGUGGAGAACAGAAACCCUUCUCUGUUGUGGGUUUUUCCUUUCAAGCUUCUGAAAACAAGAGUGAUAUGGAGGCGCAAAUUCAUCAACUUGAGCAGGAAGCAUAUACAGCUGUUUUAAGGGCUUUUAAAGCGCAGUCUGAUGCUAUUUCUUGGGACAAAGAAAGCUUGAUAACAGAGUUGCGUAAAGAAUUGAGAGUAUCUGAUGACGAGCAUCGAGAGCUUCUGAGUAGGGUCAAUAAGGACGAUACUAUCCAGCGAAUAAGGGAUUGGAGACAGGGAGGUGGAAGCCAAGUUCCUUCUAGACAUGCAACUAAUCUGGGUUUUGAUGUUGUUCCUAGUCCAACUUUCUCUGCUUCUAGGAAGAAACAGAAGACAUUCCCAUCUUAUCAUCAAUCAAUUGUUCCGGCUGGAAACAGGUCAUUCAAUAGCCGUGUGGCAUCCGGUGGCAUAACAGCAGAUGGAUCUGCUGAAGCACUUAUCGGCAGAAAAGUGUGGACCAAAUGGCCUGAAGAUAACCACUUUUAUGAAGCAAUUAUAACCCAGUACAACGCAGUUGAGGGUCGGCAUGCGUUGGUGUAUGAUAUAAACGCAGUAAAUGAAACGUGGGAGUGGGUUGAUCUCAAAGAGAUACCACCGGAAGAUAUAAGGUGGGAUGGAGAGGAUAGUGGGGUAGCCUUAAACGUUGGACCUGGAAGUGGAUCAAUCCGUGGCAACAGAAGAAACCAAAGCCAUUUUGGUAGAGGGAGAGGACCAAGAAUUCAUCAACCGAGAAGAGAAUUUUUACCACCAUCAACACAUCAGAAUGGUGGUGGUGGUGAUGAUAUUGAAUUGUUCAACACAGACUUGCUUGUGAAGGAGGUGGAGAGAGUUUUCGAUUCUACGCAUCCUGAUCCUUUUGAGCUUGAUAAGGCCAAGAAAAUGCUCAAGGAACAUGAACAGGCGCUUAUGGCUGCCAUUGCAAGGCUUGCUGAUACUUCUGAUGGUGAAAUUGAUGGAGAUCCACCGUAUUCGCAUGAGCAUGCAAUGCAACAGGGAUGAAGGAGAAAGCUGUAUGUAAGUUAUGGUGGUUGGUGAUGAUGAAAACCACCAAGGACUCUGGAUUGAUAAAAGAAACAUUGUGCUCUCAGCUCAGGAGAUGGAAAUGAGUCAGUCUAGUUCUUCGUUUAAGAAAUGGUUCACCAAAAUGUAUGAAAGAAAGAAUUGUUAGUUUAGGAUUGGGACGUAGUAGGAGGAAUCUGUUUGUAAUCUCACAAUAUAUUUGUGGUUUUAGAGAAUUUAACCCUGUGGCUGACUA